AUGCGAGAAGUCUUUGUGGGAAGCAGAGGAGCAAGCAGCUGCCUUUCUUGUGCUCGCCUAAACGUUUCUGGAGGAUAAGCCACGUCAGUCUACAAAGAGGUUUUCAUACAAGCAAAAUAAGAUGUAAAUGGACCAAAAGUGAAGCUCAUUCUUGCAGUAAGCACUGUUACUCUCCAAGCAACCAUGGUUUACGUUUUGGAAUUUUGAAACUUAGCACUUCUGCUCCCAAGGGACUUACAAAAGCGAGCCUUUGUAUGUCCCGUAUUAAAAAUACUUUGAACUCUGUUUCGAAGGCUGUUUUUGGCAAGCAGAAUGAAAUGAUCUCUCGUUUAGCUCAACUUAAGCCAAGUCCUCGAAUAUUAAGAAAAGUGUCAGAUGGUGGCUGGUUAAAACAGAAAAACAUUAAACAAACCAUCAAAUUUCUGAAAAAAUACAGCAACAAAUCAGCAGAAAAGGGUUCUUUUGCAGCAAAGGAAAGUCACGUUAUGGAGAAAGAAGAUAUAGGUAAACAAAGCCUUUUUCAUUACACGAAUAAUCUAACCACAAAAUUUGGAGAGUCAUUCUACUUUUUAUCAAGUCAUAUUAAUUCAUACUUCAAGCGUGAGGAAAAAAUGUCUGAACAAAAGGAAAAUAAACAUUUCCAGGACAAAUCAGAACUUGAACUUAAAAAGACUGAAGACGAGAAACCCAGUUCUCCAGAUCCUGGCGUCCUGACUGAUAAGAAGCUGGGCUCAGAAGCUUCUUUAUGUUCUGAGGACAAUGCUGCAAGUCCCAGUGGGACGCCUGAGGUUCUUCCCAUUUCUACUAAACAAAGUAUUGCUAACUUUCUUUCUCGUCCCACUGAAGGUGUACAAGCUUUAGUAGGUGGUUAUAUUGGUGGACUUGUCCCCAAACUAAAGUGUGAUUCAAAGAGUCAGUUAGAAGAGCAGGAAGAGGCGAUGAAAGCUGAGCAGGCCAUCAGCAAAGACAAAAAUGCAGAGGAGAAAAGGCGGCUAUCUCUUCAGCGAGAAAAGAUAAUUGCCAGAGUGAGUAUUGAUAACAGAACCCGGGCAUUAGUUCAAGCGUUAAGAAGAACAACUGACCCAAGGCUCUGCAUUAAUAGAGUUGAAGAACUGACGUUCCAUCUUCUAGAAUUUCCUGAAGGAAAAGGAGUGGCUGUCAAGGAAAAAAUUAUUCCAUAUUUACUACGAUUGAGACAAAUUAAGGAUGAAACUCUUCAGGCUGCAGUUAGAGAAAUUUUGGCCUUAAUUGGCUACGUGGAUCCAGUGAAAGGAAGAGGAAUCCGGAUUCUCACAAUUGAUGGUGGAGGAACAAGGGGUGUGGUUGCUCUUCAGACCCUACGAAAAUUAGUUGAACUUACUCAGAAGCCAGUUCAUCAACUCUUUGAUUACAUUUGUGGUGUAAGCACAGGUGCUAUAUUAGCAUUCAUGUUGGGAUUGUUUCACAUGCCCCUGGAUGAAUGUGAGGAACUUUAUCGAAAAUUGGGAUCAGAUGUGUUUUCACAAAAUGUCAUUGUUGGAACAGUCAAAAUGAGUUGGAGCCAUGCAUUUUAUGACAGUCAAACAUGGGAAAACAUUCUUAAGGAUAGAAUGGGAUCUUCACUAAUGAUUGAAACAGCAAGAAACCCCAUGUGUCCUAAGGUAGCUGCAGUAAGUACCAUAGUGAACAGAGGGAUAACGCCAAAAGCCUUUGUGUUCAGAAACUAUGGACAUUUUCCUGGAGUCAACUCUCACUAUUUGGGAGGCUGUCAGUAUAAAAUGUGGCAGGCCAUCAGAGCCUCAUCUGCUGCUCCCGGCUACUUUGCAGAGUAUGUGUUGGGAAAUGAUCUUCAUCAGGAUGGAGGUUUGCUCCUGAAUAACCCUUCAGUGUUAGCAAUACACGAGUGUAAAUGUCUUUGGCCAGACGUCCCAUUAGAGUGCAUAGUAUCCUUGGGCACUGGACGUUACGAGAGUGACGUGAGAAACACUGCGACACACACGAGCCUGAAAACCAAACUGUCUAAUGUUAUCAACAGUGCUACAGACACAGAAGAAGUCCAUGUAAUGCUUGAUGGUCUGUUACCUCCUGACACCUAUUUUAGAUUUAAUCCUGUUAUUUGUGAAAACAUACCUCUAGAUGAAAGUCGAAAUGAAAAGCUGGAUCAGCUGCAGUUGGAGGGGUUGAAGUACAUAGAAAGAAAUGAAGAAAAAAUGAAAAAACUUGCAAAAAUAUUAAGUCAAGAAAAAACAACUCUGCAGAAAAUUAAUGACUGGAUAAAACUAAAAACUGACAUGUAUGAAGGCCUUCCAUUCUUUUCAAAAUUGUGAUGAGUGUGUGCAUGUAUAGCCUCCUAACUGGAUGCCUGUUGAGAAGAUCCACAGAAUUCAGUAAGGGGUUGUGGGGUUCAGCAGGACUGCCUUUGAAAUGCUUAGAAUUCUGGGGAAUCCUGAAAAGACAGUGGUCGGCCCAGCUUGCACAGUACAGAGAGGGUGUGCGUGGUUACAGAAUUCAUCUGGGAAUUAGGUUUUCAUGAUGUUAAUAGUUAACCACGCAUUAGGAAUCUUACUGUGCCAGUUGGUUUUAGUACAUAUUGGUGUUGUAUUGUUUGAUGUUUGAAAAUUUAUUAAUAUAUGUGCCAAACAAGGAUUGAAAGCUGUCAUAUUAUACUUGGUAUUUUUACUUCAGUCACCAUAAUCAUGUUAAAUUUAUUUGAUCAUUGAUCUUCUUUCAUGUGGAAAAGCUAAUUUCUUCUUAAAAUAAUUCAUCUCUUUAAACAUCACUUAGGUUUUCACUAGCUACAUUCUGCAUUCCAAAUGUUGCCUUCUACUAUUGUCAUAUCAUCUAAACAGAUGCAGAAAA